AUGAACCAAAUCCCUCCAAGUUCCGAAUUCUUAAACUAAGAGGGCAGCUGAGGAGAGCUCACCAUUAAAUUCAAAAACCCUAACAAAAUCUACCAAAUCAUGUGAGCCGUCUCAGCUCGUCGUCGCUCCCAGAUCCGAAUCUCCAGCUGCAAGUUGAAGAAAUCUGCUCAAGGACAAACCUCCGAGCUUCUCCGCUUGAUUUUCAUCAAGCCAAGUGGUGCUAGAUAUGGGCAGAAACCUCAACCCUUUGGUUCAGGAGGAGUUGCAGAAACUUGAGAAGGACCCUGAAAGCCGAAGGCUUGCUAUGAAAACUCUCAAGUCAUAUGCUACAAACAUAGACAGUAAGGCCAUUCCUCAAUUCCUUGCUCAAGUUUCAGAAAAUAACAACCAAGGCUCCCCAUCUGGAGAAUGCACAAUAUCACUCUUCGAGGUUCUUGCCCGAGUCCAUGGACGCAACAUUGUUCCACAGAUUGGAAGCAUCAUGACCACCAUCAUCCGAACCCUUUCGACAAGCGCAGGAUCCUUUCCGCUUCAUCAAGCUUGCUCAAGAGUUGUUCCGGCCAUUGCUCGGUAUGGAAUUGAUCCUUCAACUCCUGAUGAUGAGAAGAAGAAGAUCAUUUCAUCCCUUACUAAGCCUCUAAGCAAUGCUUUGAUGAGCUCACAUGAGAGCCUUGCUUCGGGAUCUGCAUUGUGCCUCAAAGUUCUUGUUGAAUCAAACAACUGGAAAUUUGCUUCAGAUGAUACCAUCAAUGAUGUCUGCCUGAAAAUAGCAGGCGCUUUAGAAGAAAAGACAACUCAGACAAAUUCUCACAUGGGUUUAGCCAUGGCUUUAGCUAAGCAUAAUUCAUCAAUAGCUGAAGCUUAUGUAGGAUCUCUAAUUCGAUCUGGCCUGCACCAAUUGAGCAUAGGAACCACAGAGAAUAAUUCUCAGAAGCGCUUUGCAGCCAUUCAAAUGAUCAAUUUCUUAAUGAAAUGCAUCGAUUCGCGAAGCAUCUCUUCCGAGCUUGCCGAUGUAGCUGAUGCCAUGGAGAAAUGUCAAGAUGAUCACAUGCCAUAUGUUAGUGGUGCUGCAUUUGAAGCAUUGCAAACUGCAAAGGCUGUAGCAUCGCAGAAAGGAUCUAAAUGUGAUAUUUCUUCCAGUCCUGUCAAUCAACUCAAUUUCCUCAGAAGAAACGAGAAGAGUCCGCAAGUAGCUUUAGACAAGUUGGGCAAAUCAUCUCCUGUUGAAUUUCCAACCCCGGAAUCGCAGACUAUUACUUCUUCAAUUAAGAAUGAAAAUUUCACCGAGUCACCAAUUUCAAUAAAGCGUGCUCAGAGGAGACUAUGGAGUAAUGAUCUUGGUGGUGUAGAUCUAUCUUUCAAGGAUAGCUUUCUCACCAAGGAAAGAACAAGCAAAGAUAUAGCAGAAGUUGAAGGCAAGCAAGAUAUGAGCAGGGCAAAUAGAAAUAGUGAGCUUGCUGAAUCUUUCACUGGAUUUGUUUUGAGCAAUGCAGGAAGCAAAGAAAGUAGAGAUACUACUCCCAGUCCUCAGAGUUCAAAGCACCAGCUUACCUUCGAUGACAUAAAGAUUUAUACAACUCCUAGGAAGCUUGUAAGAUCUCUACAGAAUCAAAAUGAUUGUACAAAGGAAGUCUCUCCAGCAGAUGAGUCUGAUUCUCAGAAUUCUGAUAUUAGCAUUGUGAGCCAUCAGAAGUUCAUUACUGAUGCUGAAAAAGUUCAUCAAAGCAUUGAAUCUGUGUCAUCAACUAAUGAUCCAGCUGAGGAUAAAGGUAGCGAAACGACGGGCAUAUCUGCUGAUGCAGAACCGAAAAGAACAGGGAUUUGUGGAAUGACUAAGCUUUGGUACAGAAAAUUCUUUCUUGUCUCUGCCCUUGCAAUGAUAUGCCUUGCCAUUAUAAUGAUGAUACAGAGAGAUGAUGUUGAUGAGUUUUCUUAUGGCCUGGUUCCUACUUGAUGUUGGGUACUAGCCAAUUGGAUUUCGUUGUAGAAGAUUUUUGACAUUUACUUGUGUGUUGUAGGAAUAAAUUAUUCUGUGCAGAGGCCGGACGUAGAACUUAGUCUGAAGCUAAUUAGAAUGUGUCAUGUCACUGUGCUUGGUACUGUUGAUGUUGCACAUUUUGGUUGAUCUCUGAAUUUUAUUAUGCAUCCAACCUUCACACAGAAUAAUUUCUUGUGUUGUAGGUACUCCUUGACCAA